AUGUUGGAUAUGGACCCGAAUCCUUCCAGCUUUUUGAGAUGUAUCCCCGGACCAGCGCUAGCCAGGAUCACAAAUGUCUGGCGUGCCUUGCAUGCGUAUGGUGGGCAUAUUGAUCGCAAAAAUGUUCAAUUGCAUCGAAAAUACGGCACGGCCGUCCGAGUUGGUCCUAAUUGCGUCAGCAUUUCGGACCCCAGUCUGAUUCGCACAAUUUACUCGACCCGCAAUCCUUGGAAGAAGGUUCGAUAUGGUGCCCCCUUUGUAGAUACCAUUGUAUGA